CCCCGAUUCGCACAGACGUCGUCGUCGCCAACACCGCCGCCGCCGCCGCCUUUGCAACAUGACGAAGAACGAUAAUCGGGUGUACGUCAUUGCGAACAUGUCGACGAAUCACGAAGGGAACGUGUCGCUGGCCAACGAGAUGAUCGAAGAAGCAUGCGUGAGCCAUUAUUAUUAUACCUAUACGCAAUAAUAAUAGAAAUACAAAAGUUGGGAAAAUAGGAUGGGUACAGAGAUUUAUGUAAUUCAAAUCCGCAGUCGCGCAACGAUAGACAAUUGCUCACGAAGCACGAUUCUGAGUGAAGUCCGGACAAAUACACGUCGAAAUGCCAACCGUGUUUUUCACGACUUUCGUUAAAAAAUUGAACUUUAAGAUCUUACGAAAAAAAACCGUUUCGUUAUGAUCGACUAUUUUUUUUUUUUUUUUUAUAUACAUAUUACCAAGUACUACUUAUAUUUCUGAUGAACCGCGCGUUUAAUUUUCAAGCAUUUCCGCUCGGCCAAAACAAUUUCGUCCACAUGAAAUCGAAUCAAACCGUAGAAAACUGUACAGUAAAUAUCGAAUAUACCUAUAAUUAACACGAAAAUCGAAAAUUUGAAAUUUCUACCGCGUCUAGAUACGGCUAAUAUAAUUAUUAUGUGAACAUUGCAGGUCUCUACGAUAAUUGCGAUAAUUUUUAACAGACUUUCAAAAAAACAAACAAAAACACAACCGUAAUCAUUGAAAUCGUUAUUGCCGUAAAUUUCCCUACGUAUGUUCCCGGUUUUUCUCAACAAUUAAGAAAACUACAAAGAAAAUCUAAAAAUAACUCUAUUCCACUAACCCGGCCACAAUUCGUUUUCAGAAAAAAAAUCAAUUGCACUCGAGAACCGGAGCAUGAUUUCUGGUAGAAUUGUUGCUUGCAGACAGAAAAAAUAAACACAUAAUGUUACCUAUACCCAUAGCAAAACUAAUACAUUUCAAUAGCUUUGCUCAGAAUCCAAAAAUCAUUCGUUUUUUGUACAUGACGCGUCGUUAUCGACUUAAAAUACACGACCGAUUUACCGUUAACAUUUUUCUUGAAACAUUUUCGUUUUCGAAAUCGUAAAUUCGCGUGAUUAUUUAUAGGUUUCUGUAUUGUCAGCGUUGCAAGUGUUUAAUACAAUUUGUUUGAAACGUUUUAAAUACGACCUCUUGUUUUAAACAUUAUAUAUAUUUGAGUUCGGUGUAUACACGCGACGUUGAUGGAUAUUAGACAUUUUUAACAGCAAAAUGUAUUUGAACUAAAACGUCAUCUAUUUAUGGAAUUUCUAACGUAGGGCGCUAUUCGAAAAUCAAAAAUAGUAGUUUCACCACCGAAAAUAAAAAUAAAAAAAAACAUAACGGUAAUGUAAAAUUUUAGAGCUAUUUGUUUUAUACGUUAUUAAAAAAAAAAUGCCUAAAAAGUAAAUACUUUCCGAGAUAAUGAGCGUCAUUAUCGAGGAUUGAUCACACUGUAAAUUAUAUAUAUAAAAAAUGUUUUCCUUACAUCUGCGGAACCUCGCGGCUCGUCUAUAAUAAAUUAGCAGGUGGCAGGUGCACAUUUUAACUUUUCGUAGUGCACAAAGUGUGUUGCAGCGCACACAAAAAAAGCCACUGUAAAAUACAUAAACGUUUUAAACACGUUUUUUUUUUUAUUAUAGUUAUUUGUGUUUUUUUUUUAAAAACAAAAAACAAAAAAAUGAAGGAAUUAAAAUUUUUGAAAAUGAAAAGUCUGUUAAACCUCCAUUGGUGUUGUCGAGGAAAUCAGCAUUUCGUAUUAAUACAUUUUUUUUUAACAUUUUUUUCCGUACAUUAUGUUGGAUGAACAGAAUCGCUAAGUGUGUACUAAGUAUACGCAUUUCGAUAAAAAAAAAAAAACAGGGCAAUGGUCAUUAUCGCGAGGGUGGCAUAAUUGUAUGCGCCCCGUGGUGGGCGGGUGGCAGCGUACCUUCAUGUAGCAUUGCUCUCUGGUAGACGGGUGAUCGUAAUACCACCAAGCUGUCUGCGACCUGCGACUUCGUACUGUCUCCGAGAUCAUCCCUAAAUAUUCGGCCUUCUUGACCAUUCCGAUUCAGUCGUGUUCGAUCGACCAACUUCCCCGGUAGUCAUUCGGUGGGUCUCGAUCGUCUGCCGUUUCGUCCGACUGGAUUUCACAUUACAUAAUCGUAUCUUAUGUACACACAUACAUAUAAAUCGCGCGUACGGCGAGUUGCGAGGCGCGAUGCACUGCGAAACCAGUCGACCGAUUUUGAUGGUAGCGCUCGAUGCGUGCGAUUCGGACCAGUUUUAAAGAUAGCCGCCGUCUCGAUUAACGACCUCGGUGUAUGUUUUUAUUGCAAAUUAAAUUGUUCAUUGUUGUUCAAAUGGCAAUUAUUUGUACGUUUCACGAGUUUCUCACAGAUGGCGUUGUAAGUUACGCAGUAACGUAUAAUCACGUCAAUGCAUAUUUAAAUAUUGUUAUUGUUUUGUUAUUGUAAUAUAAUACAUUAUAACACUUUUUGCUGGAUAUAAAAUGUCGCCAAAAAAAUCUGACCUCAACAAUCAGUAUAGCAAAGCGGCACGACGCGGCCGUGCUGUAAGAAGUCAUCAAUUGGUAGAAUGAAUCACGGCAAGAAAGGCAGCUCAAAGAAUCAGAUCAGCAGAGAGUCGUGCAUGAGAACCUCGAACCUGCCAUUCGAAAUUCACAACAAUCCAAAUGCAAUGUGUAACAUUAAAAAAAGAAGCCGAAUUGUUACAGUGUUGUAAAAGAGUUCAAUAAUAAUCUGGGAUGAGUGUACUAUGGCUCAUGAACAUUCACUCGAAACAUUACAUAGAACUAUAUAAGAUUUGAACAAUAACGAUCAACUUUUCAGUGGUGCUGUUUUACUAUUGUCUGGUGAUUACCUACAGACAUUGCCAGCCAUUUCUUGCUCUGCCGUUGCCGAUGAGAUUAACGCAUGUUUAAAACAAUCGUUUUUAAUGGCGUUUUGUCGAAACACUUUGAUUGACCGCAAACACGCGAGUACAAUUGCGAAAUGAUCCAUCGGCACAAAUAUUUUCAAUUGCUGAAUAUUGGAAACGGUGAAUUAGAAGUGCAUCCAAACACACAAUGCAUCAAAUUGCCAGACAAAUGCACUGUCGUUCAGAUAAAAAAUGAAUUAAUUGAGAAAGUCUUCCCGGAUUCACUGAAUAACUAUUUGAAUCACUAUUUGGUAAUCGUGCUAUUCUGGCAGCAAACAAUAUUGAUGUUGACGAAUUUAACUUUCAGAUAUAACAGGUUUUGCCAAGUGAUCUGAUGUCUUUUAAAUCAAUCGACAUUAUUGUUGAUGAAAACGAAACCAUACAUUUUCCAACUAAAUUUUUAAAUUCUUUGGAUGUACCGGGAAAAAACUGAAUUUGUAUAUGAUAUCAAAUAAGAGUUUUGUAAAUUACUCUUUUAUUACAAACAAUGCUCAAAUAUAAGAGAAAUAAAAUGUAAAAAUAGAAAUUAUAUGUUGGUUUGUGCUUAGAUUCAACUCUCGAAAACUCUAUACCAAUAAUUUUCAAAUUUUGACGUAACAUUUCAUUCUCAAUCCGGUGAACCAUGUAGGGGUUUUUAGGUAUUUUCGAUAGAAAUAUCUAAUUAUUUAUGUAAAUUUAUUUGUUUAUUUUUGUUUAUUCGUGUUGCCUUGGCAGUACAGAUGAUAAUUUGGUUAUCACGGAAAACUACUAUUAUUAUUGUUUACAAUAGCAAAGCGUUGCAAUGUCAGCUAGUGUCAUAUAUUAUUAUAAUUUAAUAAAAUACGAAUUGUGAUUUUGUUAGAAAUGCGGGGCGGAUUAUGUUUUUAUGGAACUAGACAACAAUACCAGUUCGUUUUCCAAUGAAGAUAUUACCAAUUUUCAUAAAUUAGCCGAAGAAAACGGAGCGGUUUUUACGACCAAAUCGUUUUGGGUUCGUAAAAUACAAAAUUCGUAUAGAAAGUAUUACUAUUACUGGUUUUUACAUACAUUUUUUAGGACUCGAUUCGUCAAAUAUCUCCAAUACAACAGUUUAAGAAUAUAAACGACGCCGAGGACGAUAUCCUAUAUGAUAGUAAUAAUAUGUCUGAUAUGAUACAAGUGAUUCCUACAUUCGUUUCAGAAAAAGACAAAGCUGAAAACAGUAAAACGUACGAAACCGUUGAUUUAGUGGAGAAAAUACAGCAAAAAUUUCCCAAACACGAACUUCAGUUUUGGGAAUUUCAAGAAAUGACCACGUGUCUUCUCGAAGUUGUUGUUGCUAUAGGAAUAAAAGUAAUUAUUUUUAAAUUAUUUGUAUUUAAAAUUAAAUUACAAUCUCAUUUUACAGCUGUAUUAUAACUUAGGAGGAAUACUUUUGUUUUCAAUCAUUAAUGAGAAAGAAUAAUUGAUAUUUAAUAAGAGGUAAAAUCACUAAAAUGUGCUGUGUCGCGCGUUAGUAAGACGGAGACAGCGCACGCGAGCUUAUUAAUAACGAAACUAAUUUAUACACACAUGGUUACGUAAUAAGAUUAAAUAAAUACUGAAAUACUUAAAUCGAUUACGAAUGGAUAUAAAUUAAAAUAUUAAAUUGAACAUUGAGCAAUUAAUAUUAACAUUGUACCUUAUAAUAUUAGCUUCAACUAAAUCAGUUUGAAUUUGUCUUUAAUCUAGGACGUGUAUAUUUUUUUUUUGUUUAUAUUAGGCCAUAUCUUGCAAGUUUACAUUGGACGAUAAACGCCCUGGUUUUGAUCACGCAACGUCUAUUCGUACUAGAGAUCUACGUACAAUGAUAGCUAAUAUUAGGACCGUCGAAGUUGCACUGGGAACGGGUAAAAAAGACAAACUUUCCCCCUCAGAAUUACCGUGUUUCAAAAAAUUGUUCAAAAGCGUUGUAGCGUCGAAAAAUUUAGAACGCGGUUCAAUACUAAAAGCAGAAGAUAUGAAAAUCAAAGUUAGCGACACCCAGAGUAUGUGCGGGUUUUAUUUUUCUAUAGUGAUUGGUCGACAGUUAUUGUCCGAAGUUGACGAAGACGAUCCAAUAUUUGUGUCUGAUUUUGAAGGGUAAGUACUGGAGGUUAAAUCUUUCGUAAAAUAAUAUUAAAAAAAAAAAAAACGAUCGCCGUGAAGUUGGCCCACUCACCUUACCAAAAAUCCAUGAAACUUAUGUCAAUAUUUAGUAAGUAAUUAACAAUAAUUUGCAAGUUUGUCUUUGAAAUUUGCAAGUUAUUAAUUUUGCGUCAGUGAUCAAAAGAAAGAAGGUGGGUAAACUUCACGUAAUCUAUUUACUUUAAUCUGGACGGUCGAAAUUGGAGCCGUUCGUUCCUCAUAAUGAGUAAGUAAUUACCAAGGUGAGCAGUCACAAUACAAUUUUUGACCAGAAGGCUUGUUACAAUCAAAAACUCCUUAGGAAUUUUUCCUACAUUUUUUUAUAAUUUUAAGAAAUCAAAUUUUCCACAUAAAUUAAAUAUUACUUUCACUUGCGAUUUUAAUUUUUUGAUACCAAAAAUAUCUUAUUAUUGUUCACAAAUUAGAUGAUUUUAUGCUUUUCAAUUUGAACUAACUUUUGUCAUAGUAGUAUGACAUGAAGGAUAAACAUUUCUCUCUGGAAAAAAUUGUAAAAUAUUUCUAGAACAUAUGAUACAAAAUUUCGUUUUCCUCUUAGGGUACACAUAAAUAAUUUAAUUUUGAUGGGCGCAUCGCGAAACCACUCGGUAUCACGGUGGCCCAAUUGCCUGAAAAGUUAAAUGCCUGGGAAUGACCCUGUGAUCUUCUGGAGCGUUUUCUACCUUGACUCUGGAUGGUAUAAAUAAUUAAUAUCUAAUUCGGUGAAUAUUAUUUGUUCAUUUAUGAUUUACUUUGUAGUUAUAAGUAAAACUCACUCUUAUAUUCAUUCUAGAAUAAUUAAUGUUCAUUAAAACGAGUGGGUAUUUAUAAUUGAUUUUAAAUUAUGAAAUAAUAUUAAUUUGUAAUACCGAAUGUUAUUAACAUAAUAUUAUAUUUUGACUGUAGACUGAAAAACUAUACGUCAUAUAUGCCUUACAUCAAUAAUCCAAUAAAAGAGUGUUCGGAUUAUGUGUCCGAAAUCAAUCUGGGACGAUCUGUAAAUUUCAAAAGUCCGUGUUAUAUUAUCGCUGAAAUAGGACAAAAUCAUCAAGGAGACAUUAUGAUGGCCAAAAAAUUGAUCAAAUUAGCAAAAGUGAGUCCGUCGAACAGUAAAUGUAUAGGUACUGUUAUAAUAUAUGAGUACCUAUCAAUAAUAUUAUUUUACGGAAAAGUUGAUAUUUUCCGAGAUGACGAGUUUACCCACUUAAAUGAAUCACCUGGUAUAUUUCGUAUGUUUUUUUGAGCAUUAACCAAUAAAUAAAAAUAGUUUCCAUAUUAUUUCCCCGUUUUGUCUACGUUUCUUCCCGGUUUUGUUCAAUUAUUAGGAAAACAACAGGAAAAAUCAAAAAACGACCAAUCUCACUAAUGUGAUAUAAAUUGCAACAAAAAAAGCUCUAUUGUCAUUAGGUUGGAGCAAGAUUUCUUUAAGAAAAGUUGUUGAGUCUGUGACACAACAAAUAAAAAAAUACAACUAAAUAAAAAAACAUACAUCAUGUUAAAACCAAUAUAUUCCUCGCUAGGCUCAGAAUUUAAAAACUAUGUACCUAACUUGUUAUUAUAUUAUUGUGUUUGUUAUUUUAGAAAUGCGGCGCAGAUUGCGUAAAAUUCCAAAAAAGUUGCCUAGUGGAAAAAUUUACGCUUCUAGCGUUAAAUAGACCGUACAAUAGUAAAAAUUCAUUUGGUUCGACUUACGGUGAACACAAACGUUUCUUGGAGUUUACCGAAGAACAAUAUAAGGAGCUUCGGAAGUAUGCGAAAAAAGUCGGCAUUCAUUUUACCGCGUCGGCAAUGGACCCGGUAAACCGCACGGCAGUGACAUAUUUAUAAUAUCGUUGUCGACAAAAAAAAAAAACCUCCUGCGCCAUAAAACACAAUUUUUCGGAAGAAACGAGAAACUUUCUAAAAAAAAAAAAAAAAAUUAAAGUUAAAAACCGCCAACGAUUGACAUAAAUACAUUUUAAAUUUGUCAAUUUAUAUAACAUAUUUUUUUUGUUAAAAAAAAAAAAAAAAAUUGGAUCAAAAACUUAACAAUAAUGGAAAAAUAUCGUAUUAAUUGUCAAUGUUUCGUCAAAUAUGUAAUAAGUUUUAUUAGUUUAUAUUUUUUGCUAAAUCUACAGAGGAGAUUUUUCAAUGGUAAUCAGUAUCGCAUUAGAUAGGUUUGUAUCUACUUUGAAUAAUUAAAAAAAAAAAAAAAAUUAAAUAAAAUUACCCUGAAUAAUCUCCUAUACGUAAAUUUCACACUACAUUGACCGUUGCAUAUUUGUAUACGAAAAUCUCCAAUGUAAUUUAGAUCGAAUUUUCAAUUACUUAGGAGAUGUUUCUAAUCACAUACGAGGCGUAUUUAAAAUGCGAUGUAUAGGAUAUCAUGUGUUAUCUAUACAUUUGUUUAGGUAACACAAGAGGUUUUAUUUUAUAUUUCUCAUUAAUUCUGCGAUGAAGAUACCGUAUACAGGAGUUAUUGACGUGGUACAGCUCAUUUUUUUUUUCGUCCGAAUUACUCGGGGAUUCCGAAAUCUUACAAUCGCAAACAUGGCCCGUAUGAGAUUUUUCGUGACAACGACGACAACUACACGCGAAAUGGCCGUGACAGUGAUACAUUGUCAAUUUUCAGGUUUCGUUGGAUUUCAUCGUCGCCCUCAAAGUGCCGUUCGUGAAAAUCGGUUCGGGCGAAUCCGGCAACGUGAUGUUACUGGAAAAGGCGGCCAAGACCUACGUGCCGCUGGUCAUAUCCACCGGCAUGCAGACGUUGGCCGACAUACGGAUCACGUACGAGACGGUCAGCCGGCAUCACAAUCACUUCGCGCUGUUGCACUGCGUGUCCGCGUACCCGACACCACCGGACGAGGCCAACCUGAACAUGAUCAAGACGCUGCGCAAGACUUAUCCGAACACCAUCAUAGGCUAUUCCGGCCACGAAGUCGGCUCGUGUAUAACGACCGCGUCCGUAGCGCUCGGGGCUAAGGUAAACGGAAAUAUUGGAAUUGAUGGUUUAGGCACUUAUGUUUACUACGGACUGGACACGAUAAGCACAGACGUAAAUUGGUGGGAUGGGGUGUUAAGAGGGCUCAGUUCUCCCCGAAAAAUCUUAAGCCCCAUCUACAGUUUAUUUGGCGUAGGCAAUUUAGUCUAAAAUUUUAGAUCAAAAACCUGUACAACAUAAUACUAUAAACCUGUACUAAUAUAGUCAUCAUUAUGAUCAAAUUUACUUUUUCGUAAUAUAUCAUAAUUGAGCCAGUAUUUUGAUUGUCGGUCAAUUGUCCCGACGGUCCAUCCCCCUUAAAUUAUGUAAUACUUAAUGAACUUGUCGGAUCACAAAAGUAUAGCGUCUUAAUUUACUUAAUAUUUAAUUUUUUUUUUUUUUUCAGUAGUUACAUAUUAAAUACAAACGCUUAAUAUUAUGAAAACGUUAUUUUAACGAUGAUUUCAGUGUUCAUAUCGCGUUCAUGCAAAACAAAUAAAUGUAACUCAAGUAAAGUGUUGCUAAUUAAUUUUUGCCAAGUUUUGAUUGUACAGUCAAUUUGUCGGCAAUGAAAAAUUAAUACGAGGUUUCUUCGAGAAUACUGUUCUACCAAACACUAUUUUUAAUUACGUUCGCUUUUUAUUCGCGUGAACGUGUUUUUAAACAAAUCUCAUGAUUUUUACACUUUUGUGAUGCGCCGGAGUACGUCUUGUACAUUAUACAUGACAGUUAUUUCAAAUUAUUUGAAUAUUCUUUAGUUGAUCAAAUUGGAUAAUAUUUAAUUGAAACAUACCUUUAAAAUUCCCUAAACGCAAUAAUCCCUUUAAUACAGCGCUUUUAUAUUGUUUUUCUUCAAUUAUUCGGAGUCAACAACAAUAAAUGGUUUUUGAAUUUGAAUUUAUUAUUUCACUUUAAUAAGUUAAAAAAAUCAAUUUGCAUUUAUAAUGUGUCCAUAAUAAAAAUCAAAUGCAACUUUUAAAUGAAUACACAAUGUUUUGUCUAUCCAGUUGUGUUGUAUAAAAGUUACAAGUUUAUUUAUAUAAUAUGAUGUAAAAUAUACACAUGGUAUCAAUUUUAUAAUAUUUAAUUAGUAAUUUUGUAUUGUUAUGUUCUGGUGUUAGAUUAUCGAAAGGCACAUCACGCUGGACAGAAACAUGAAGGGGUCGGAUCAUAUCUGUUCGUUGGACCCUUCGCAGUUCAGUAAACUCGUCAGAGAUAUCCGUUACAUUGAACAAAAUUUGGCCAUUUAAUUUAAUUUUUUUUAUAAUUUAAUAUUUGUUCUAAAUUUAUCAUCCCGACGUCGUGUUCAAAAAUUAAUUUUAAUUACAAGUAGGUACCUAAAUUUUAUAUCUGUUUAAAUUUAUUAUUGAUGUGAAGACAAACCAUUGAAUCAUAGGUACCUAUGAUGUAUCUAUUCAAUGUGAAUCAAAAUCAAAACCAUAUAAAUCAUCAAUAAUUAACUAUUAAAUAAUAUAUAAUUGAUUUAAUUUAAUAUAUUAAUUAAUAAUUAACAUCGACUGUGAAUAUUAUUAUCAUUUUUAUUUUGUAGCUUCAGUUGAACUUGUCACUGAACUGAACUGGAAGUCAUUCAUUAUAUUCAAAUGUCUUGGUCACGGACACCACUCUCUAGAAUUAUUUUUUUUUUUUUUAUUAUAUUUUUUUUCGGAAAACACCUUUACGGUUAGUUAAAUAGGUUAAAUAAAUAAUAUGGUCUGAUACUCGUUUGUUUGCUUGUUUACUAAUGGAUAACCUGUAACCGAAGACAGCAGUAAACACAGUUUGUAAUUGUGUUUGCUGAAUUCGAUAACCUGGUUGUCGAAAAGUUAUGCAGUUAUGAAACAGUUACAGUAAACAAUAUCGCUAAAACCGUUUGUUCGCAUUACUAACCAGGUUGCUCAAGACUGUAUUGUCUAUAAUUAGUAUCAAUACCUAGACCGAAAACAUGUUUAUGCGAUACCACUUGUUGUGACAUGUAAAAUACUUCCACGUUUACCCUACGUUUUUAUAAAAACAAUUUAUCAUUUCUGUUCGUUUACUCACGUGUAGACCGACCGUCAGAGACAAUCGAUUUGUUCGUCAAAUGUCG